CUCAGGAUUCGUCCCCAGUUGCCACGGGAGAAGAUCGAAGGAUGUCACAUCUGUACAUUCGUGACCCCUAGUGAGCCUCAGGUCAUUCUGGGAAAGGACAAGGCCUUCACGUUUGACUAUGUGUUCGACAUGGAAACGCAGCAGGACAACAUCUACUCUAACUGCACAGAGAAGCUGAUUGAAGGCUGUUUUGAGGGCUAUAAUGCCACUGUGUUUGCCUAUGGACAGACGGGCUCAGGGAAGACGUAUACGAUGGGCACGGGCUUUGACAUGAACAUACUGGACGACGAGCUGGGCAUCAUCCCGCGGGCCGUCAGUCACCUCUUUAAGGGCAUCGAGCAGAGGAGGCAGGCUGCCACAGAGCAGGGUCGCCCCGUCCCAGAGUUUAAGAUCAACGCCCAGUUUCUGGAGUUAUAUAAUGAGGAGGUCCUGGAUCUGUUUGACUCCACGCGGGAUAUGGAGUCGAGAAAGCAGAAGUCUCAUAUUAAGAUCCAUGAAGAUGCCACCGGGGGAAUCUACACUGUGGGAGUCACCACACGGACUGUGUCUUCUGAGGCUGAGAUGAUGCAGUGCCUGAAGCUGGGUGCCCUCUCACGUACGACAGCCAGCACUCAGAUGAACGUCCAGAGCUCCCGUUCUCAUGCCAUCUUCACCAUCCACCUGUGCCAAGUCCGCAUCUGCGCCAAAGACAAUGACAUAGAAACAGACAACCGUCUGGCAAACGACUCCGCAGAUUUGGAUGAGUUUGAGACGCUGACGGCCAAAUUUCAUUUUGUGGACCUUGCUGGGUCUGAGCGCCUGAAGAGGACUGGUGCCACUGGAGACAGAGCCAAAGAAGGCAUCUCCAUCAACUGUGGACUGUUGGCGUUGGGGAAUGUCAUUAGCGCUCUGGGAGACAGAAGCAAACGGUCAACGCACGUGCCUUAUAGAGAUUCCAAACUUACCCGUCUUCUUCAGGACUCACUGGGUGGGAACAGCCAAACAGUGAUGAUAGCGUGUAUCAGUCCAUCAGACCGUGAUUUCAUGGAGACUCUGAACACGCUGAAGUACGCUAACAGAGCACGAAACAUCAAGAACAAAGUGGUGGUGAACCAGGACAAGGCCAGUCAACAGAUCAGCGCUCUGAGGACAGAAAUCGCUCGCCUGCAGAUGGAACUCAUGGAGUACAGAACGGGGAAGCGUAUGAUAGGAGAAGAUGGUAUGGAGAGCAUUAAUGACAUGUAUCAUGAGAACACGAUGCUUCAGACGGAGAAUAAUAACCUGCGUGUGCGGGUCAAAGCCAUGCAGGAAACCAUUGAUGCCCUAAGAGCUCGACUCACACAGCUACUGAGUGACCAGGCCAGCCAGGCCCUCUCCAGAGCUGGUGAAGGCAGUGAGGAGAUUGGGAAUAUGAUCCAAAACUACAUCAAAGAGAUUGAAGACCUCAGGGCCAAACUCCUGGAGAGUGAGGCUGUGAAUGAGAACCUGAGGAAGAACCUGUCUCGUGCCUCCAGCCGUUCUUCGUUCUACCCAGGCUCCGGAACCUUCUCUCCCGCCCUGCUGGGUCCCGGCCCGGACAAGGAGACCUCCGACAUCAUCGAGAUCGCCAAGAAAGACCUGGAGAAGCUGAAGAGAAGAGAGAAGAAGAAAAAGAAAAGACUCCAGCAGUUGCUGGAGGAGAGGCGAGAGGAGGAGGAGGAGGAGAUGGAGGUGGAGGAAGACAGCGUUGCCAAGGAAGAGGUCCCUGACAACGAGCCAGAGAAAGGGACAGAGAAGGAACAGUCUGAAGCAGCCAAUGAGGAGACAGAAAUGGAGGCACAAGAGGGCAGCGAGCGUGAGGACGGCGAGGAAGAGGAUGAGGAGGAAGAGGAGGAGGAGGAGGACGCUGAGGAUAGUUCUGAUGACUCUGACUCAGAGCUGGAUGAGAAAGAGAACUUCCAGGCGGAUCUGGCCAAUAUCACAUGUGAGAUUGCCAUAAAGCAGAAGCUCAUAGAUGAGUUGGAGAACAGCCAGAGACGUCUCCACACCCUCAAACAGCAGUAUGAGCAGAAACUCAUGAUGCUGCAGAGGAAGAUCAAAGACACGCAGCUGGAGAGAGACCGCGUGCUUCACAACAUGGGCUCUAUGGAGUCAUGCACAGAGGAUAAGACUAAGAAGAUUAAAGCUGAGUAUGAGAAGAAGCUGAGCAUGAUGAAUAAAGAACUGCACAAGCUCCAGGCUGCCCAGAGAGAACACGCCCGCCUCUUGAAGAACCAAUCGCAGUAUGAGAAACAGCUCAAGAAACUCCAACAGGAAGUGGUGGAGAUGAAGAAAACCAAAGUGCGUCUGAUGAAGCAGAUGAAGGAGCAGCAGGAAAGGAACCGACAGGCGGAGUCACGCAGGAACCGGGAGAUCGCCACGCUCAAGAAAGACCAGCGCAAACAGGAGCAUCAGCUGAAGUUACUGGAGGCUCAGAAGAGACAGCAGGAGCUCAUUCUCCGCAGGAAGACUGAGGAGGUCACAGCUCUGAGGAGGCAGGUCAGACCCAUGUCUGGAAAGGUCAGUCGAAAGGUCAGCCUGCCAGAGCCUCUCCAAGAUUCUGCACACCGCCCUCCUUCAGGCCGAACACAGUCUGGGUCCACUGCUACCAACGGAACCAGACUGUACCACCGUAGGUCGGCGGGGGUGUACUCCACCAGGGUGGCUCGGGGAAAAUGGCAGAGUCUCGAACGCCGCAUCUCUGAUGUCAUAAUGCAACGCAUGACCAUCUCUAACAUGGAGAACGACAUGAACCGCCUACUGAAGCAACGGGAGGAGCUGACUCGACGUCGUGACAAGGUGACGAAGAAGAGGGAUAAGAUGUUGGCAGAGGGUCCGGAGGCAGAGAAAGCGGUCCAGUCCCUGAACGAGGAGCUCGAGUCCCUGCUUGCCAACAUCGACUACAUUAACGAUAGCAUAGCCGACUGUCAGGCCAACAUCAUGCAGAUGGAGGAGGCUAAGGAGGAAGGAGAUGCAGUGGAGGUUUCUGCAGUAGUCGGCGCCUGCACCCUGUCAGAGGCUCGCUUCCUGCUGGAUCACUUCAUGUCUAUGGCAAUUAAUAAGGGUCUGCAGGCAGCUCAGAAGGAAUCUCAGAUCAAGGUGUUAGAGGGUCGUCUGAAGCAGACGGAGAUCAACAGUGCCACUCAGAACCAGCUGCUCUUCCACAUGCUGAAGGAGAAAGCUGAAUUUAACCCAGAGCUGGAUGCUCUGCUAGGAAACGCACUGCAAGAGUUAGGUAACAUGCCUUUAGAAAAUGGAGAUGACAGCAGUAGUGAUGAAUCAACCCAGAGUCCCACUGCAGAGGGAAACACCCUGGCCUCUGACCUAAUGAAGCUGUGUGGGGAAACCAAAACCAGGAGCAAGGCCCGCAGGAGGACCACCACCCAGAUGGAGUUACUCUACGCCAACAGCUGUGACUCCGGCCCAGACACGCCCACUGGAGAUUUCCCCGCCCCUCUCCACCCUAUGACUGAGACUCCAGAAGGGGGUGGAGAGUCAGAAUCUUCGGGAAUGUCAGUCAGAGACAGGGACUUUGUGGCCCCUCCCACUGGCUUGUCUUCCAAAAUGGGUAGCAUCUCUGGCUCCAGGCCUCCGCCCGGGGCGGAAAAGAGAGUUCCAGAACCAUCCCCUCUCACCCGCAGGAAGACCUAUGACAAGGGACAAGCGGCGGCCGACAGGGUUAGGAUCGCGGAGAUCAAACAAGGUGUGAUAAACCCUGUACCAGUGUCUAAGAGCAGUCGUGGGGGGGCGCUGCAGUGUGUCCAUGUGGCAGAGGGACACAGUAAAGCAGUACUGUGUGUGGACUCUACUGAUGACCUCCUGUUCACCGGAUCCAAAGACCGGACCUGUAAGGUGUGGAAUCUGGUGACUGGGCAGGAGAUCAUGUCUCUGGCCGGGCAUCCGAACAACGUCGUGUCGGUACGCUACAGCUCCAGCCUGGUCUUCACCGUCUCCACCUCCUACAUUAAAGUGUGGGACAUCCGCGAUUCGGCGAAGUGCAUCCGCACUCUCACGUCUUCGGGUCAGGUGUCGCCCGGUGACAUUUGCGCAGCCAGCACUAGCCGAUCCAUGACCAUCCCGGCCGGAGAGAACCAGAUCAACCAGAUAGCUCUGAACCCAGCGGGUACUGUUCUCUACGCUGCGGCUGGAAACUCUGUACGGAUGUGGGACCUGAGGAGGUUUGCAUCCACAGGGAAGCUGACAGGUCAUCUUGGUCCAGUCAUGUGUUUGACAGUGGAUCGGAGCGGUGUCGGCCAGGAUCUAGUUUUCACAGGCUCCAAGGAUCAUUACAUCAAGAUGUUUGACGUGACAGAGGGGGCACUGGGCAGCAUUGUUCCCACUCAUAACUUUGAGCCUCCGCACUAUGAUGGCAUUGAGUCUCUGGUGGUACAGGGAGACUGCCUGUUCAGUGGCUCCAGAGACAACGGCAUCAAGAAAUGGGACCUGUCCCGUCAAGACCUGCUGCAGCAGGUGCCCAAUGCCCACCGUGACUGGGUGUGUGCUCUGGGCAUAGUGCCCGGUUCAGCUGCCCUGCUCAGUGGCUGUCGGGGUGGCGUGCUCAAACUCUGGCACACGGACACGCUCUCAUCACUUGGAGAACUCAGAGGGCACGAAAGCCCAAUCAACGCCAUCUCUACCAACAACUCUCAGCUGUUUACAGCCUCAGAUGACCGGACAGUGAAGAUCUGGCGUGCGAAAGGGGGACUAGACAGCACUAUAGACGCGGCUGACAACGCCGACGAAGUCGCCAGCAACUGA